AUUACAAGUAUACACAUUACAGACCAGUGGUAGUCCACGUGUUGGUUGAAAAGUUCUAUUUUGAGCAAGUGUUAUUAACUAAAAUAAUUUUAUUUAAUUAAUAAAUCAAGAUGAUACCUGUCGCGAGUCCCAAUGAUGUAAAAAUUUAUAAUCUCAGCGCCGGAGUUUCUAUUCCUGAGUGGAUACCUGCUGAAAAAAGAAGAAGAUUAAUAAAAAAACAUGCACGUCUACGGAAAAAUAUCCAACUUAUCCAGGACUUUGACAUGCCUCAAAUCAGUUCGUGUAUUAAAAUGUCUAGAGAUGGAGAGAGUAUUUUCGCGACUGGAGUUUAUAAACCGCGGGUCAGAUGUUUUGACACCAAGGAACUGUCGAUGAAAUUUGAACGUUGCUUUGAUUCAGAAGUUGUUAACUUUCAAAUAUUAUCUGAUGAUUAUAGUAAACUGGUGUUUUUGCAAAAUGAUAGACAUGUAGAAAUCCAUGCAGCGCAUGGAAGGCAUCACAGACUGAGGAUACCAAGAUUUGGUAGGGAUUUGGAGUACCAUUAUCCUUCUUGUGAUUUAUUUAUUGUAGGAGUCAGCAAUGAAAUCUACAGAUUAAAUUUGGAGCGAGGGCAAUUUUUGAAAUCAUUCGAAUCAGAGUCCUCGGCUAUAAAUAAAUGCGCUAUUAACCCAGAGCAUCAUCUUCUGGUUGUAGGUAACCAGGAAGGAAAAGUUGAAGCCUGGGAUCCAAGGAUUAAAGAUAAAGUCGGUAGUUUAGACUGCGCUUUUUAUCUCGCAACACAAAAUCAAAGUAUGGAUGAAGUACCAUCAGUGACAUCUCUAAAAUUCCAAGAUGGAUUAACAAUGGGUGUAGGAACGGCGACAGGUCAAAUAUUACUCUAUGACAUCAGAUCUAACAAACCUUUCUUGGUAAAAGAUCAGAUGAACGGUUUGCCAAUCAGAGGACUUGAAUUUCAUAAUCAAAUGGAUCUAGUUUAUUCAAUGGAUAGUUCUAUAGUUAAAAUAUGGGAAAAGAACACGGGAAAAUUGUACACAUCAAUACAAUCAACAGCAGAAUUCAAUGACUUGUGUGUGGUACCAGAUUCAGGCUUACUGUUCAUCGCUAAUGAAGAUCCAAAAAUACAAUCGUAUUACAUACCGAACCUUGGACCUGCACCUUCCUGGUGCCAUUGGUUGGACAGUAUGAUUGAAGAUAUGGAAGAAACUAACUUUGAAACCGUGUACGAUAAUUAUAAGUUUGUUACUGAAAAAGAGUUGGAAGAAUUAGGAUUCUCGGAUCUUAAAGGCACGAAUAUGUUACGAGCUUACAUGCAUGGUUACUUCAUGGACAUUAGGUUGUGGCGUAAAGCUAUAGACGCUAUAAAACCAUUCUCUUACGAGGAGUUCAAGAAUAAAAAGAUCCGCGAGAAGGUUAAUGAAGAACGUGCUAGUAAAAUCCACAUUGAGAAGCUUCCUGAGAUUAAUAAGGAACUUGCUUUCAAAUUGAGCGAAAAUAAAAAGAAAGGAUCUAUUGGUUUGCUCAAGGACGAUCGUUUCAAGGGACUUUUCAGUAAUCCAGAUUUUCAAGUCGACAAAAACUCAGAAGAAUAUGUUCGACACUUUCCAGUUGUUGCACAGCUGGAUAAAAGUAAACAGAAACAAUUACGCGCUCUUGAAGCUAAAGAGUCUAAAGAAAAAAUACUUACUGCUUUUGAUGAAGAUGAACAACGCGAAGACUCUGAUGAAGAGUUACUGCGCCAUGACUCAAGUUCCGACGACGAGAAACCCUGGACUGAGGAAUUUAAAAAGAAGUAUCGGCAGUUAAAGAGAAGUAGAAGAGAAGCUGAAGAGGAUGAAAAUUCAGACGAUGAUGAAAAAGAAAAAUCUGAGGGUAAAGUUCUGAAACAGCCAAAAUUCGUUGAAGUUCAAGAGGGUGUGGAAUUCCGCAGAGGAAAACCCUUUGUGUCGACAAAAAAAAGAUCAACGUUCGAUGGAAAAUCGAAAUUCGAAAGCAAUUCAGAUAAUAUUAAAAUGUCCAGAGGGAGCAGAGAGAUGACAUUUAAUAUCAAUAGCAAUAAGAAUAAAUUUGGAAAAGGUAGAGGUGCCGGUAGAGAGCACAAUAGAGCUCAUUUGAAAGGCGUUUUACGACCUGCUGGUAACAUUGGGAAAAGAAAAUAUUAAUAAAUAAUAUAUUUUAUUUAAA